AUGUUUGAUAGAGGAGUAGCCUCCCUUUUUUUGUUUCAUUUAAAACAAAAGGAUAAGAUAACAUUUUGUAAAUUUUCAACGAGGAAAACGCUUAUUUAUGAACACAUUGCUGAUGGGGAGGAUUUCUUAUCACAAAAGGGAAAAACAAUUUAUGCUCUCGUUAAUUAUACCUAUGUAAAUGCAAAACUUCGUGAAAUAAACCACUAUUUGAAGAGUAGUAACAGCGCAAAUAAUAACUCCAAUAUAAGUUACAAUCAUUUUUUCCAAAUAAGUAAUAACACUGCAGGCUUAGCGAAUAAUCAUAUUAGCAACGAUGCCAACGUAUAUCGAUUUAACGCAGUCGACAUAGUUGAGAGGGAUGACAGAGGUGAUAGGAAAGACAGGGAUGACAAUGUAAACACAGUUGGUGGAAUUCAUAGCAAUGACCACCUUGACCGAGCAGUAGAAAACUUAUAUAUCUUGUGUGUUAAGGGAAACAUAGAUGAAUCAGACGAAAGGAUUAGGCACUAUGUGAAUGUUGUAUUAAAUUACAUAAAUGAAUAUAUGGAAGAAGUAACAAGUGACAACUUAAAAAAUAAAGGUGCAGAAAAAUAUAAUGAGAAAAAAAAUAAAAAAUUUUUAAGCAUUAAUAGCUAUUUAUUGUUCUUAAACAUUUUAAGAGUACUAGAUAGAAAAAAAGAAUUUAAAAAUUUACUGAAAUUAGUUAGCCAAAAUAUUCACUUCUUAUCUAUAGACAUCGUUAGGAGGAUAGCUUUUAUUCACGAUUUAAAAAAAGAGCAUUCUUUUUUUUUUAAAGAAGUUUUAAAUUAUAUUUAUACUAUUAUACAAUGUAACAAUGAAUUGUAUUAUAGAGAAAUGCAAAAUGUUAAUAUAUGUAUAAAUAUAUGUACAAAUUUUUUUUUUGGGAAAAAAUAUGUACAGGCAAGGAAAAUGUAUGAUUAUGAAAUUAACGAAGAUAUUAUUUAUUUAUAUAAUAUAAAUUACAUUUAUAUAAAUCAUAUUAUCACAUUUAGUAAUAUCAUACACUCUGAAAAGAGUAUGUAUUAUCAAGAUGAAAUGUAUACAGGGAAAGAACUAGAUAUACCAAAAGACGACAAAGGAGAAGAAGAAUCAUCAAUGCAGAAAAAUCGUGAUAUGAUGUAUUUAUCCUUGUCGUCACAUGACUUUACAGAUAUGCACAAAAAAUUGAAUAAACGAUAUACCUCCAAUCUUAACAAAGAAGAACAUACGAAUGCAACAGUUAGUUUACACGAUGAAACUGUAAUGAUGACAAUGACAAAUAAAAACAAAGAUGCAACGUAUAAUUAUACCCAAAGAGAAAAAAGGAAUAAUAAAAUGAGUUCAUCUACAAGUAAUCAUAAUGAUGAUGAUGCAAAAGAAAUAUAUAAUUGCAGAUCAACUGAUCAUCUAAAUAUACGUACAACAUACGCGGAUGAUUUUAAUUUUAAUUAUUACAUGAUUGAUACAAUUUACGUUCUCUUUAAUUAUUACAUGAACUUAUCAGAAAAGAAAAAAAACGAUAAAAAUAAUCUUUCUUUUUUUUUUUUUUUACCGGACAUAAAGAAUAAUAUUAUGAAUAUAGUUUUGAAUUUUAUUACUACUUUAAAAGAUGAGCUAAAUAAAAACAAACAACUGAAAAAUAAGAAAAUAAUUGCCUCUUUAGAAAGAGUUUUAAAGCUAGGUUAUGCAUUUCAAGUACCGUUUAAGUUAGAGCCUUUCAUCUUCUACUAUUUGAACGUUUUGUUGGUCAGCAAAUUUGAUCUCUCUUUACUAGACAACAUAAAAAUAUUAGCUAUUUUUAGGGAAGUGCAUAAUAUGAAUAGGGGGAGCAACAUGAACAGGACAGGUAAAAUGGAAGUGGCAAAGGAAAGAAUAAACGAAGGGGAAAACGACAUAGCUAAAAGGGAAGAGGAAAGAGUAAACGAAGGGGAAAACGGCAUAGCUAAAAGGGAAGAGGAAAGGGUAAAUGAAGGGAAGAGUAUCACCUCUGAAAAGGUGGAAGAAGAAAAUACGAUUCUUCCUGAUGAGAUAGCCAAAAUAAAAAUAUACACAGGACAGGCGGAAAAAAAUCCCAAAAAAAAAAAAAAAAAAUUUGAUCUAUGUUCAUCAAGUCAAUUUAAUACAAAAUUAAGUAGCUAUAUACAUGCCCCUAACGAGAUGUACAACGCAAAUAGUUAUCUAUUGGAUAACAUGAUCAAGUUAGUUUUUGAUAACCUAAAAAAGUGUUUACAUACAUCAAAAGGUAGUGACAUAUGUAUGUUAAUACCGAUAGUUUAUGAAUUUCAUAAAUAUAUGGAUGAAGAGUUAAAAAAUAUAUUAACCGUUCAGGUAACAUGUAACAGAGACAAUAUAAAUGAAACGAACUUCAUAAAUAUAUUACGCGUAUUUUCAAAGAUGAAGUAUAAGAAUGAACUUGUUAACAAAUUUUUGUACAAUGUGAAAUAUUUGGCAAGUUACAAAAAAAGCAAUGGGUUAACAAAUGAGCAGAGCAGUGAUAACGAUUCUAUGCAGAACGUUUAUUCUUUUUUUUUUUCGUGUCCAAAAUUCUUUUUCCUGUUUUUUUAUUAUAAAAGUAAAAAUAAUUUAUUUACAUAUAAGGAUGUAUAUUAUGUGGAAAACUUUAUACAAAAUAGCUUUUUUGAAAUGAAUGUAAAGGAUUUUAUUUUUGUUUUAUUAAUUUAUUACAAGAACGGAAUAGUUUUACUACCGCAACUGCUGCUCAAAAUUUGUGCUAUUUUUAACAACGGGAAAAAGAUUAUAAAAAGGGAAGAGCUGCUAUUUUGUCUUUUUUUGCUCUCAAAAAAUUAUUACGCCCUAUCAAACAGUGCAAGUGGAAGAAUUGAUAGUAGUGGUAAUAGCGGUAGUUAUUACAGGGCCUUAGGGAAUAAAGAGGACAACUUUUUGAUGAAAAAAAUGAACGUGUUCAGGAAAAGCCAGUAUACUCAGCAUCACAUAGACUCUUUUAUAAACGUAAUUAAUGACAUUUUAUUGUACAUUUACGAUGAUAAGAUGAUAAAUUAUCAAGCAGACCUGAUGAAACAUUUACAAGAAGAGGGGAAUAUAAGAAAUACUGUUGAAGGGGAAGGAAAAAAAACGAAUGAUGGUAAGAACAAUGAGAAGGAAGAAGCUUAUUCUGAAGAUAUCAAAGUGAUCCAUCAUAAUAACACUUAUAUGGUCAAUUCUGAAAUAUAUACCUGUAAAAUGGACUUUAACAGGUUAAAAUUAAAUUUGAUAAUGAUGAAAAUAUUUUAUAACUUAUAUUAUUCCUUUUUCACAAUUCGUAAUGAAAAAAAAAAAAAAAAAAAAAAAAUUCUGAACAGUCAUCAUGAAAAAUUAUUAACUCAUUUAUUUUCAUGUUUUAAUAAUAAUUUUUCAAAAAAUGUAAACGAAAUUAAAUAUAUAUCCCCCUUAUUAUAUCAUUUUAGUUACCUUAAUAUUUAUUCUCCAUUUUAUUUUAAAAAACAAAUAUGUUACAUAUUAAAAAAUUGCAUUAUGGAUGAUCAGCUAGUAAAACAUAUAUUGCUAAGUCAUGUAUUUAUGAAACAGAAAAUAUCAACUGAAAUAAAAAAGUAUAUUAAGGAAUAUGUAAUUACCCAUUUUGAACAUUUUAGCAUGAAUCUUCAAGUACUGUUCUUUAAAUUUUGUAAUAAUUUUUUAAAUAUGAAAAAUAUAGAAAAUACAGAUGAACAAAAGGAUAGUUUGUUAUUCGAUCAGCUGCUAAAUAAUAUAUUUUUAAAUUUAGCAAAAAUGAAGCCAAACAAUUAUUUAGAUAUUUAUUUUACCAUAAGCAAUAAUAUGGUUAAAGAUAAAAAGUAUUAUAUUCAACUAUUUUAUUAUAUGAACAAGUGUGCUGAUCAUUAUACCGGUGAACAGUUAUUGCUAAUACUUUUUUACAUGUACAAGACAGGUUAUAGUAAACCAAAAAUACGCAAAAAAGUAAGAAAUUUAAUUUUGCAUCACCACAAGAAAAGACUAAUUAAUUUAAGCACCUAUAUAAAAUAUAUAUUGCCACUCGACGAAUUUGGUAUAUAUCAUUUGUUACCAAUUAAAUUUCAGCAGGUUAUUUAUGAUCAGCUCGGAGAGGAUGUGAAACCGUAUGUACGGCAGCCGCUGAAAAAUGAUGAGCUUAACAUAUUACGGUUAGCUAAAUUUUAUGAACUGUACAUAAAUAAAUUGAACCAGGAUUUUCCUAUAGAAACAACUGAACAGCAAGAUAAUGAAGAUGCGCCCAUAUAUAUCUUUGAACAAAUGGUUAAAAGUUAUUGA